AUGAAUCAUUAUAUUGAAUCUUUACUUUUUCAUUUUAAUCCACCUGAAACAUCAUUCGACAAUUCACAUGACAAACAAUUUAUAUUAUUAUCAAACGAUUUAUUGGAAGAAAAUUUAGAAAAAUUAACCUCAGUUCAAUUACAUGAAUUUCUAUCGAUAGCUGAUAAACCAACAAGUAUCAGAAGACAUCCAAAUGAAGACCGUAAAACACGAAGCGGUUUUUCUUAUCGAGGAUUAUUUCGUUUUCAUCGUUGUUGUCUGUUAUGGCUAACAUGUCAAAAACAAGUAUUAGAAAGAUUUAUAAAUGAUCAAAUAAAAUCUAUGUUUGAUCGUGGUCUUAUUAAUGAAUUAGAAGAAAUUCAUGAUGAAUAUAAUCAAACAUAUACACAAACAGAGCAAUUAUAUAAUUAUAUUCGUGGAAUAUUUCAAGCAAUUGAUUUUAAAGAAUUUCAUGAUUAUUUACUUUUAUUAGAUAUAGAACGAAAAAGUGAAUAUGGUGAAAAAGUAUUUGCUAAUGGUGGGUAUGUAAGAUUAUAAGUUUUGUUUUUUAAUGUAUAUAAGGUGCCAAAAAAAAAAGUUUUUUUUUAUAGGCGGGUAACGCUGUGAUUUCAAAUAACAUCAACAACAAGUUUUAUACCAAAUAAAAGCAUUUCGAAAAUGAGAUUUAUCAAUACUAAACAGUAAUGUUUAUCACAAGUUUUCAGUGUUGAAUUCGGAAAAUUCCUAAAAUUUCAGGUCAUAUUAGCAGAGAAAAGUUUCUUUCAUGAGGCAGUUUAAACUAGAACUUAUUUAAUGUUAUGAGUAAAAAAUGUACUAGAUAUUUGAUCUGAAAAUAUUGAAACAAUAAUGAAACAUAAAACUGAGGAAAAUUGCUAUCUAACAUGAAAUACAAUAGUUAUGAUAAAGAAAUUCUAAAACAUCGUAGUUCAUCUGUUUUGACAAACAUAGAAACAAACAUUGAUGCAUUUGAAAUGAUUUUAUGUGUAUAUUAGUUAGAUCUACUUGCUGUAGAAACACUAGUGAUCAUCAUACUGAUUAUUGAUUAUAUUGAUCAAAUUAAAAAAAAUAAUAAAUAUUAAUUUUUGAUCUUCACCAUUUUAAAUGAGAUCUAGUUUCAACUGCUUCAUGCAAGGAAUUUUUCUUUGUUGUCAAGGUCUAAAGCUUUAGCAAUUUUUAGACUUCAACACUGAAAAGUUGCCAUAAUUCUUAUUGUUUAGUAUUGAUAAACCGUAUUUUUGACACCCUUUUAUUAAGUAUAAAGUUUAUUGUUAAUAAUAUUUGACAUCACAGUACUACCCCCCUAAAAAGAAAACAUCUUUACACACUUUGUACAUAAGGUGUCGAAAGUACAAAAUUUAAUAAGAUUUUUUUUUGUUUUUUUUUAAUAUACGUUUAGAUUGAGCAUGAUGAGUUAAUCAAGAAUAUAUGUGUCAUCAAUUUCUCUGAAUUAAUUAUUAAGAGAAAAACCUAAUUUUUUCCCGAUGACCUACUCUUUCUGAAAAAGAGAUCAGUUUUCAAUAGCCGACAACUUGUGAAAUGUUUUGUCUCUCUUCAAAUUUCAAAAACUGUUUGUUUGAGACUCAUUGUGACAAAUUGAAACUAAACAAGUCAUUUAUAAAUGGCUUCCCUAGCUUUAAUUUUCUCUUGCUGAAUCUAAAAAUAGUUUUGAAAUUCGAAGAAAGCAAAAAAAAAUGUGAAGUUGUAGGUUAUUGAAAAUUGAUCUCUUUUUCAGAGAAAAUAGGUUGUCGGAAAAAAUGUAGUUUUCCGGCUAAAAGUAAUUCCAAAAAAUUGAAAACACAUAUACUCUUGAUUAGCUCAUACUCUCUAUCUGAUCAUAUAUAUAUAUAUAUGUUAUGGCCGAAGUUGGAAUCCAGCCCGAUUCGGAAUUCGUCCAGACGAAAUUGGAAUUCUAAUUUCGUCUAGAGGAAACUGGAAUAUUUUUUUAGUGAGUCGUAAAGCUUAAAAUAAUACCAAAAAUCAGACCAUGGGUGGAUCACAAAUCUUGAGGGAUGAAGUGAGGGUGACGAGGGACUCUGAAUAACGGUGACGUGGUUUGGAUGAAUGUAAGGAUAAAUCUGUGACUGAUAUACGGUUUUUACGCGGUUUUUCAAUUUCCUUUGACCGCUACUUCUGUC